AUGGUCGCAACCAAACAAGCGCCACUGCUUCAGCGAAGCGUGCAGUAUCUCGAGCAGAAUAACGAGACGAGGGCUGGCUCGUGGCUCGUGUGGCUCUCUCUGGUGCUCGUGCGAUGGCUAGUGGGGCUGCACUCGUACUCAGGCGAGCACGUAGCGCCCAUGUUUGGCGACUACGAGGCGCAACGUCACUGGAUGGAGAUCACGACCAAUGUACCCAUUUCCGAUUGGUACUGUCACACCACCUCGAACGAUCUGCUGUACUGGGGACUGGACUAUCCGCCGUUGACGGCCUACGUCUCGUACGGGUUUGGCUACGUGGCCACCAUCAUUGAGCCGUCAAUGGUGACGCUAACGCGCUCGAGGGGGUACGAGUCGCCGACCAGUAAAGUGUUUAUGCGCACGUCUGUGCUGCUCUGCGACGUUGUUCUCUUCAUGCCAGCCAUCUACUGCAUGGCACGAGUGGUGUAUGGUAGCGGCAAAUGGACACUGCGCACAACGUUUUGUCUGAUGGUUUUGCUGCAGCCGGCAGUGCUGCUCAUUGAUCACGGCCAUUUUCAGUACAACAAUGUGUGCCUGGGCUUUACGGCCUUGGGCGUUGCGCUUGUUCUGCAAGGACAUGAAGUGCUCGGUAGUAUUUGCUACUGUCUGGCGCUCAACUUCAAGCAAAUGGCGCUUUACUACGCCCCUGCGUUUGGCGUGUUCUUGCUGUCUCGCUGCCUAUAUCGGAAGAUGUGCAUCCUCCAUCUUGGCAAGCUCGCGCUUGCAGUUAUUGCAACGUUUGCGCUGAUUUGGUUUCCGUUUUGCGCUUACCCAUCGGAGAAGGAGACGUGCAUGUCCUCAAUGGCACAAGUUGUCCAUCGCAUAUUCCCGUUCGGGCGAGGCCUUUUCGAAGACAAAGUCGCCAAUUUUUGGUGCAUUGCUGACUUUGUUUUCAAGAUUCGACGACGUGUGGCCCCUCUACUUCAGAUGCGAUUAUGCACGAUCAUGACAAUAGUUGGGUUUCUUCCGUCAGUGAUUGACCUGCUUCGACGAAAGCCAACGAAUCUGCGGUUCAUUCUGUCACUCGCUGUCUGCUCGCUCUCGUUCUUCUUGUUUUCGUUCCAAGUCCACGAAAAGACGAUUUUGCUGCCGCUGCUGCCAAUCUCAUUUCUUUUUGCUUACAACGCACUACUCUCUGGGUGGUUUAGCGUAUUGUCGACUUUCAGCAUGUAUUUUCUGCUGAAGAAAGAUGGCUUAGUACUUCCAUACAUCGUGCUAAUGCUGGCUUACGCGGGUACAGCGGUUGCGCCGUUCCUUACAUCGGGUGCUGUCCAGUCCCUAAGCGUGCACCAAACCGAGCUCGCACCAGGCAAUCGCCCGGAUGGCACAGUUCAUCCGUUGUUCCGGGCUUACGUCACGGUUUCGCUGCUCGGAAUUGUAGCUAUCCACGCUGCGCAAGUGUGCAUCGAUCCACCGGCUACAUACCCGCACAUCCACGACUACGUUUUUGCUGCCUAUUCCUGUGGUCAUUUCCUGCUGAUACAUGCGUAUUUGACGUACUGGCAGUGGACUACCGAAUCUUUUGGAACGCAGAGCAGCAAGGCUAAGAUAGAGUAG